GGCUUUGAUGAUGAGGCUCUUAUUAUAUUAUUAAAUCAGCUAACUAAUAUAUCGCAUGAUCAUAGUAUAAAUAAUAUUUUAGAAGCUUGGUUUCGAUCCAACAAUAUAUCACUAGCUGUUUUUUACUUGUUCAAGUCACGGCAAUAUAUCAAAUUCGCAUUUGAUAAUCCUAAUCUCGACUCACAGCUCAAGGAGUUUGUACUUAAUGUCGCAAAUGAUUAUUCUCUAGCGGAUUUUCGAAAAGGAUUGCUUAAUUGGGAGGAAGUUAUCAAAAAUAUUUAUCAGAUAAACAUGAUACUUGUCUAUAAAGAGCUAGAGCACAAACAACUGACAAGUACAAACCUUCGGGAAUAUGUCUGUUCAUUUAACAACUAUACAGGAGAG